UAUUUUAUAGACUGGCCAAAAACUUAACAACAAAACAAUGCUUAAAAUGAGAUUCUUUUGCAUUUUUGAAUCAGCGACGUGUUGUUUUCAUUUUCUGUAUUAUUCAUUGUUGUAAAUCAAAGUUUCAAAAUGGCGGAGAGUUGCUUUCGUGAUUUUUAUCAAGAGCUCGAUGGUUUUGAGCUGGACAUGCCCGGAAGACAGAGAGCUCUUUUCAGUGACAACGAGACCCUCCUGAGAAUGUUGCGAUGUCAAUAUAGUAAAUGGGCUGACGCAGGACCAAUAACUUCAGUUCCGAUUGCCAGAAUCCCAAGACUGUUCCUGAAAAACAUCCAGAUGAGCCCCGAGCUGCAAAAAGAUUUCAAAUCUCUUCAAAAAGGCGAGGAAGGUGAAAUAAAAGUCUAUCGGUUACUUAUGGAGAACUACAGAGAAUUUUCAAGAGGCGUCAUUGUAUUUCCAAAUAUAAAUGGACGAGAGAUUUUUAGCACCCCAUCGGCUCAAGUUGAAAUUGACAUGGUUUUAGCGCAUUCAGUGAAAGGAGUUUUUCUGUUCAACAUAAAAGCUCAAGGAGGGAAGGGUUUGACGCCACAAAAAAUUAAACAGGAUUUCACAAAACAUUCGGCCUUUCUUCGAAUGCUCAUGCAAUACGGCUACAAAACCACCUCGGAAUUUCCUCCAAUUCAUUUGGUUUACUGCCAUCUCUAUGAUGACAAUAAAUGCAAAUUUGAGCGCGAAAUAAAACUUGAUCAGAAUGAUGUUAAAAUUCUUAUUUUCAGCAAGACGGACUUAACUGUUGAAAAUUUUAUUGCUACUUGGAAUCAGAAUUUGGCUUCAAUUCCCGAUUUAAGUCCCAAAUUAUGGGAGAAGUUUGAAUUGUUCGUUGCUCGAUUGGUGACAUUAAACUCUAUUGAAGGCUCACUUGAGUUAAUUCAUGAUCAAGUUAGUUCACACUAUAUUCAAGCGACCAAUAAGAACAAGACGAACUUUGAAGACUUUGUAAAUGAUGGAGAUACGAAAACGGUGAAUAUUUUGAAGGAAGCCUCGCUGGUAAAAUCUCGCAUUAAAGGAAAAGAACGCUUCAUUAUGUGGACAGCAGAUCAAUUGAAAAUAAUCUCCAUUGUCGUUGAGCAUUUGCAGGAUCCUAGCAGAGGGGGGCUAAGACUUGUCGUUCAAGGGUGCAAAGGAUCUGGAAAAACAAUGCUUUUAGUAUAUUUUGCUAAAAUAGCGGCCAAAAUUUUUGCAAUGCAAAAUUCGGAUCAAGAUUGCAGAGGUAAAGUGCUUGUGGGCAGUGGCGAUUGGAUCAGAUAUCGUUUUCAUUCAGAUCAGAUGCGUAAUUUUCUAGCAUCUUCGGGUGACAUUGUCUGCAACUUGGAUUUUGAACUGCGCCAAAACAGCACAGAAAUAAAAAGCGAACUAGCACCGACAAAAGAACAGCUUGAAGUUGUUGAGAAUUGUCUAUGCCGAGCACAAUUGCUUAUGUUUGACGAAUAUGGCUCGAGUCAGAACAGCGAAGUGAACACGGAAUUUUAUGUUCCGCUACACUCUUUGAAGAAGGAUCAGCAUUGCAUAUUGUUCAGUUCCGAGAACCUAAAAAUUACUCAGCUGGCCGACAGUUAUCGGUUUACUUCGCUAAACGCUAAUCUCAGAUCAACUUGCGAAAUCAUCAGUUUUGUAGAGAGUUAUAGAAAAAAUUCUCUGCUUAAAAAAAAACCCGAAAUUGAAUGCAAACCCGCCCACAACUUCCAUGGCGAGCCAGUAGAUGUUCGAAGAUGCACUAACGAGUUUGACUUUGUACGGAAUAGUAUCGAAACUAUUGAAGAAUAUCUUGCACACUCUAGAGGUUUGGCAUUCCUUCCAGUUAUAACAAGUAUUCCCGAACAUAUGUUGUCAUGGAUAUCUUCAAGUUUGGCUGCGAAACAAAUUAAAGUUGAUCGUUGUGAAAGUUUGUAUAACAAAACUCUUGAUACAACCCUGAAAACUUUGCCCUCUGUUUAUUUUUUUGAUAUUCAGGGGCUUGAAGGCGUAGAGUUUGCUGUAGCUGUGAUUUUGCUUUAUGACAGUGGAUAUGGAGAUGGUCGAGCGCAGCUUUUUUUUCAUAAUAUUAUUACCCGUGCAUGCACAAAACUAGUUUUUGUUAAAGCUGCAGAGAAAAAAUUGGAAAAACGAGAGCGAACGAAACUAAUUAAUUUAGCUCUUGAAGAAAAAUUAAAAUUAGAGCUCGAAGGAAUGGAACCCAGCUCAAUCUUGUUUUUGGUUGGAACCAAUUUUGAAUUCAGUUUUGUUACACCUAUUUCACAAUCGAAAUUAAAGGAACGAAAUAUCUGUUUGCCGAAGAUUGAAGGAGUUCAACACUUUGAAGGGCCCAACGAUGUCAUAAUUCUCCAGAAAGAAGACCUGUAUAGAAAGAAAGAUGUGAAAGCAUUGAUUACAGCUGGAAUGAAAUCAAUUAUAAUUGUCGGUGGAAAAUUUUUUAGAGACUUGCAAAAAAGGUUUUACUUCUAUACUGAUUCUGUUCUUAGUAGCCAGUUGUACUCUGGACAAUUUCAAAUCGCAAAUUUUACUUACAUCUAUGAUACUGAUGGUGGUUUUUCAUCUCAUCUCGACCGUUUUCUUACCGAAACAGACAGUAAAAAAACUGGUGAAUUGCAAACUCUGAGCGGAAUUGACGAAGAUUCUGAAGUUGACGAGCUGCUUUGUUCGAACGAGCCGUACUUUAAGUGGAAGAACUGGAAACAAAAAGCCAGUGAGUCUAGUCGAUUGCUUUUGCCAAGCUCUCUUGUCUCAAAUUUAUACUCAAAUGUUGAAGCAUUAUUGAACAACGAGCAACGAAAUUACUAUCUUAGUCCAGCACCUAAUACUGUUUCAUUUUCACAGUAUCGAAAAGUUUUGGUCAAGAUAUCUAACAGUUUACUGAAACUAUAUUCGAGUGAAAUUUCAAAACCAAGUUAUAUCUUAAAAAACUUAAAUGUAGCGCCUGACGAAGUUUAUUCCUUCCAAUGGUUUGCUUUUGAAGCACUUAGUAGAGCUGAAAAGGUAAUCGAAUUUCACCCGCUUCGUGUUAAAACUUUCCAUAGAAUUUACCGAGUGAUCAAAAUUGUGCAAGCCAAACAAAAGAAGGAUGUUCAAGCAAAA